AUGGGUCUGUUUCCAGUGGUGGAGCGAGUUGGACCAUUGGCUUACAGGCUGGAGUUACCUGAGAUUAUGAGAGUCUUUCACAAGGUUUUUCAUGUGUCGAUGUUGAGGAAGUGUCUUCACCCUACAGAGGAGUUAGUGGCUAGGAUUUCAGAGGAUCUUCAGCCAGAUUUGACAGUUCCGGCAGUGCUUGUGAAAAUCUUGGAGAGGAGGGAUAAGGUUCUGAGGAACAAGAGGAUCCCUUUGUUGAGAGUUUCGUGGGAUUGUAGUGGUUUUUACAGAGGAGACAUGGGAGCCAGAGGCAAAUAUGAUGUUGAAGUUCGGAAAGUGGUUCGACAAGCAGGUCGAGGAGUGAGCUGA